AAGAAGGCGAGGCGGAAGGAGCCAGCGUAGAACGGAGGACAGAGAGACGUUAAAAGUAUCUGUCCAGCUUCUGAGGAACCUGCGGAAGUAUGGAGUGGUUCGUCCUGGUGUUGAUGCUGAGCCUACCGCCCUGCAUCCACACAGAGUGCUCCUCACAGUGCCAGAGAUGUGCCGAACAAAUGCUGCGCCCUGACGCCGCCUUCAGCAGUCUGCCUUGCAGCGCGGAGUGUGAUGGGGAGGAGAUGGAGAGCUGCGCCCUGGCUCCACGGCUCGCCGACUUCACCGAGGAUCAGGCGGCGGAGGCGGAGGAGAGUCAGCAGGCAGAGCUGGUCAAGCGCUACGGCGGGUUUAUCAAACGCAUCGACAAGAACAAGAACAAAGUGUUCACCUUCUCCCCGUGGCGCGAAAACUCCGUCCUAAAGACCGUGGCCCUUCCCGGGAACUACGAGGAGCUCCUAAAGCGGCUGGAGGUGAGAGGCGCGCCGGCGGCGGAGGAGCCCAUCCCACACAGUUACGCUAAGCGCUACGGAGGCUUUUUACGCAAAUUCGGCCCAAAGUCAAAGAGGAGAAGUUCCGCGGAGGAUGACAGUCAAGAGCCGGAGGAGCUCCAGAAGCGCUACGGGGGCUUCAUGCGGAGGGUCCGGCCGAAGCUUAAUAACCUGAAAUGGGACAAACGUUACGGAGGCUACCUGCGGCGCCACUUCAAGUUCUCCGUCCGCUCCGCGGAGGAGCCCUACUCCUCCUCUGCGGAGUUUAGCUUAUAGGAAACAACUCACACCGAUUCAAUGUAAAAACCUGUCCCUGCCCUUCCUGCUCAUUCCCGGCUUUUCACACGCCAGAGUCUGCCAGUCCAUAAAAGAUGCCUAUUUAUGACCGUCCCGUUUAGAGCUCAAACCUUCACAGCGCACAAUUCGGAUAGCUUUCCCACUUUUGGAAGUUUGGAGACAUUUUCUCGCCGAGGUGAGAAUAAGAAUAUGAUCAGAAAUUCGAUAACAAAGAGCUGAACAACCAGUUUGAAAAGAAAAGAAAGAAGUGACCACCCAAACGGAUCAUUUAUUCAAUUCUCUUUGCGCAAUAAAACAACUGUUCCGAAAUGUGUUUGAAACCAAAUGUUAGGAUUUUCUCUUGUAUCUUAAUCCAAUCAAUUUAGCUGCAGUUUGUGUUUUUGUAAGUAAUUUUAAAAUAAAAAUGUCGGCCUAACAACUGAAAAUAUUGACAAAUCUGCUAUGACAGCUUGGAUCUGUAAGAAGAGAAGAAGAAAAUAAA